CGUGUCGCCACUCAUCAUCUCACAGACCUUCUUUAUACCCCCCUAACUAAUCAACAAGACAAUAACAUAGAAGGAGGAAGUCAUCACGAGGAAAGCAUUCGACCAUGGCAGAACCCAUUACUUCACAGAGUGUUGUUCCCUCCCCGGCAUCUCCGUCCUCUUCCGUACCUCAACGACGACGACAACAACGACAACAACAACCUCAGCAACAACCACAACCCGCCCUUCCACUCACCUCCUACGACACAGCCCUCGCCCUGCUCCCCCCCAGGUCGCUCUGGCCGCGCAUUGACCGCCUCCGCGCCCUCUACGACAGGGCCUACCCCAGAUGGCCGCCCCACGUCAACCUCGUCUACCCCUUCGUCCGGCCCGAGCUGCUGGACGAGGCCGUCGACCGGGUCGGGGCCGUGUUGGCGGCUCCGACGUCGCCGUCGUCUCCCGGGCGGUUUCCGGUGCGUCUGGCGCGGACGGGCGUGUUUGAGCACAAGAAGGGGAGGGACAACACCAUCUACCUGUGCGAGGAGGAGGAUCCGCGGGCGGUGGAGAGGUUGAGGGGCGCGGUGCUCGCUUCCUUGGGCGCAGGCGCGUCGGCGUCGGCGGCCGCGGGACAGGCGGGGGCCAGCUACCGGAUGCACUUGACGGUGGCGCAGAGCGACGACGCGGAUGGGGCGGCGCACAAGUUCUUGGUGGAGAAGGUCGGGCUGCUGCCGCGGGUCGAGUGGGAGGCUGCUGAGCUGGCCGUGCUGGUUCGGGAGCGGGACGGGAGAGGGGGGAAUGUCAUGCGGCUGUGGGGCACGAUCGGUCUCGAGGAUGGGAGGGUGGAGAGGCUCGGUACCGUGGCGGCGUUUUACCAAUCCGUGAAUCCCUUAGAAGGAAGAGGGGGGGUGGACGGCGAUGACGACGUGGACACGGCCGACAGGGACCUGCUCCAGGGCGGGCCGCUGUAUUGCGCUGGCGAGGAGCCGGAGCGGUGGGUGCCGUUCACGCCCCCGGAGCUCAUCGUGGCGAGCUACAACGUCCUCGCCGAGUUCGAGUGGCCACCGUCGGAGGCCAGGUAUCCGUUGCUGGUGCGGAACAUUCUCGCCGAGAGUGCCCAGGCCGAUGUUUUGGUGCUGCAGGAGGUCACCGACGGCUUCCUGUCUUACCUCCUUUCCGACAAGCGGAUCCGCGACGCCUACCCUUUCUGCUCCCAUGGCCCGCCGCACCUAGACAAUAUCGAGCCGCUGCCGAGUUAUCUGAACAUUGUCGUGCUCGGCGCGACCCCUUUCGAUUGGGAGUAUGUCUCCCUCAACCGGAAGCACAAGGGCGCCCUUGUAGCCAGGUUCAAGCGGGUCGGCCGGUUCGACCGAGACAGGUUUCGCCCUGUGGUUCUUGCUGCCGUCCAUCUUAUCCCCGGCCUCGCCGACGAUGCCAUCGCUGCCAAAAAGGCAGACGUCAAGAGGCUUAUCGGCUACCUCUCCGACAACUACUCCGGCCACCCCUGGAUCGUGGCAGGUGACUUCAACAUCACGACGUCGCCCGGUUCGAUCAACGCCGCCAUCAAAGCCAAAGCUAUCUCGGAGCAGUCCGCCGCCGACCUGGCUAGUCUCGAUAACCUCUUUUCCGACGCCGGGCUCGUCGAUGCCUGGAGGAGCGCUGUCGAGGACGGGCCCGACGAUGAGCGGAUAGAAGCAGAGCAGGGCGCCACUUGGGAUCCGACCACCAACGGCAUGGCUGCCAUUAUGGCUGCCAACAGCGGUAGUAGCGCGUGGCCUCAGCGGUACGACCGGAUCCUCGUUCGCGGCGAGGGCCUUCUCGAGAUCUCCGACUUUAACAUGUUUGGCUUCUUGACGGAACAGCAGCAGGAAGGUGGCUCCAAGCUCUUUGCCAGCGAUCACUGGGGCGUCAGGUGCACUUUGAACAUGAGAGGCCUUGGAGACGGCGACGAUGAUCCCUCCGAGGAGGUUUCGGAGCUGAUUGUGCCAGUCAUCCCUGAGAAGGUUCCGGAGCACCUGGCUUCGGCAGGAAGCGUAAAGGAGGCGCUUGCUGCGCUUCAGGUGAUCCCCAGCGAGGGCGAGGCAACCAAGCGGAAGAGGGCGCUAGACCUCCUAAAGAGCGUCGUUCUCGAUACCCCUUCGGCGGAUGCAGCAGGAGCACGGUCACAACCGACCGUGGUCGUGGUUCCCGUUGGGUCGUACGCCCUCGGCGUCUGGACCUCCUCGUCGGAUAUUGACGUCCUGUGCAUCGGCCCCUUCAGCUCCAACACCUUCUUCGCCCUAGCGUCCCAGCGCGUUCGGAAAGCCGCCGCUCAGGGAAUCAAGCUCCUCCGCCGGGUUCGAGCUCACACCGGAACCAUGCUCGAACUCGAAGUCCACGGUGUCAAGGUCGACCUCCAAUACUGUCCCGCCGCAUCCGUCGCCGAGCGCUGGCCCGACGUCCUGCGCAUCCCCUCCUCCGAUCCGGUCUGGUCCCUCUCCGCCCAGACCCUCUCCAAACUUAAAGCGAUCCGCGACGCCGACUACCUCCGCCGCUCCGUCCCGGACCUGACCACUUUCCGCCUCGCCCAUCGCUUCGUCAAGACCUGGGCCAAGUCCCGCGGCAUCUACGCCGCCCGCUUCGGCUUCCUCAGCGGCAUCCAGAUCUCCGUCCUCCUCGCGCGCGUGCAGAAGCUCCUCGCGCGCGAGGCGGGCGCGCCGCCGACCCCGGAGGCCCUCAUCGUCACCUUCUUCCACCACUACGCCGCCUUCGACUGGUCCGCCCAGCUGGCCUUCGACCCGCUGUUCCACCGCCGCCGCCUGCCCUACUCCCGCACCGCGCGGGAACCGCUCGCCAUCCUGGGCUACUUCCCGCCGGCGCUCAACACGGCCCUCGCGGCGUCCGUGCCGUCGACCAAGACCCUGGCGGCCGAGUUUCGCCGCGCGAGCGACGCCCUGCGGUCCGCCACGGAUCCUCCCGCGUCGUGGUCGAGCCUCCUAUCCGUGUCGGCGGGGCGAGACGAGUUCCUCGCGGCGUACAAGUCGUACGUCAAGCUCGACGUCCAGUACUGGGGCCUCUCGCUCUCCAGGGGCGCCCAGUUCCUCGGCUGGCUGGAGUCGCGGUGCGUGAUGCUGCUUGUGGAUCUCCACCGCCGCGCGCCGGGGCUGCACGUGCGGAUGUGGCCGGCUCGGUUCGUCGAGAGGGACAGCAAUGGUAGCCGUGACGCGGCCGCUGCUACAAUGACUGGGGAGGAGAAGGAUGGUGAUGAGGAUGCGAGGGAUUUCAGGGGCUGCUAUCUUAUUGGACUCGACAAAGGCUCGCCGGAGAUGGCCAAGGAGGAUCUGAAGGUGGCUCUCGGGGCGCUGCAGACCGGACUGGACCGGUUCGAGGCGCAGAUGAUGGGGGAUGAGAAGUAUUAUGAUGCUAGAAGUUGCUGGCUAAGCGCUUCCGUGGUGAACCGGGACGAGCUCGGCGAGCUGGAACUGGACAGCCGUGAGUGGGGGGAGUACACUCCCGGCGAGGAGGAGGCCGACGAGGAAGAGGAGGAAGGAGAGCAAGACGCGACUCCGGACCCGGACUUUGGGCACGAGGAGCUUGCGAAGAAGGAGAAAAAGAAAAAGGGGUCGGCAUCUAAAAAGCAGAUUGCCGCUGUCGACCUCCGUGCGGACAAGACUAAGAAGUUUCGCCCUGCAAUUGAUGCCCUGAACCGCAUCCGGUGGGACCCGCAACUAGACAGUAGCGAUUAUGUGGUCGGAUAUGAGGACCGGUUCAGCGGUGUGCAGGAGAAGGAGCUUUCUUCCUGGAAGAGCGAGCAGACGGACGAGGAGUUCAUUCCGCAGCAUCGGAUCCUCUACUUCAGAAGGAAGAGCGAUGGAAGGUUGGUCUGGGAUCGGCGGAGGCGGCUGGACGAGCUGUUUGGAAAUGCACCUUAAACGCUGUUUAUAUCGAUGGCAGCAUAAGCUGAAGGCUGCACUG